AGGCGACGAGGUUGUAUUACGAAACGAAAGGUGGCAGUAUAGAGGGGUGUGAAUGAGAGGAAACCUGGGAAUGGCGAAAGAAGUGGUAAAUACGCCAGAGUGGUCAGACAUACUUUAUAAAAAUAUACGUAUAUAGAGACGGCUGCUUUAUCUUUGUUUUUCCUUUUUAAAGUAGCGUAAGCAGCGAUAUAAAUGGCGAGCCGGCAGUGCGAAGGUGUUUUCCUGUAAUUUUUGUUCUCUUUUUUCGCGUUGUGGGCCUGAUUUCUUUUUAAAAAGAUGGUCUCCUGGAUCCUCUCUAGAGCUGUUGUGCUUGUCUUUGGGACCUUGUACCCUGCGUACUACUCCUAUAAAGCAGUCAAAUCCAAGAAUGUGAAAGAAUAUGUUCGUUGGAUGAUGUACUGGAUUGUCUUUGCACUCUAUACAGUAGUUGAAACUGCAGCAGAUUUUUCCUUAUCUUGGUUUCCCCUGUAUUAUGAAAUAAAAAUUGCCUUCGUGAUUUGGUUGCUCUCGCCAUACACAAAAGGUGCAAAUCUUAUCUACAGGAAGUUUUUGCAUCCUCUUUUGUCUUCAAGAGAAAGGGAAAUUGAUGAUUACCUUGUUCAAGCAAAAGAGCGGAGCUAUGAAACCAUGGUGAACUUUGGCAAGCAAGGCCUUACUAUAGCGGCAACAGCGGCAAUCUCAGCAGCUGCCAAGGGUCAGGGAGCUAUAGCUGAGCGACUGAGGAGCUUCAGCGUUCACGAUCUAACACAAAUUCCAGGUGAUGAAGAUAGCAGUCAAGCAUAUUUGAGAAUCUCUAUUUCUGGAGAAAAAGGCAAAAGUCAAGGUUAUAACAGCCCAGACUACUGUCUGUAUGAACCAACUGAGAAGACUGAUGAAACUACUGAAGCUUUCUUUUCUGAUGAAGAGCCCAUCGGCCAGCGCAGUCUAAGAAGAUCACAGAGUGUCAAAAGCACAAGACCAAAAGUGCGCAAGGACCCCCGAUACGGAUCUUUGAAAAUCAAAACGAAACGAAGACCUGCUCUGAACUCCGUCAACUAUGAAAUAUGAAAAUCUGCCACUGAAUUUUAAAUGGUUUUAACAUAACUUUUUGAUGUUAAUAGUUAUUGAAUACAUGUUUAACAGUGGAAACAUACUUUGUAUGUAUUUGUUAAAUUUUACAAAUUAUCGGGCCUUAAACUUUUGUAUUUCCAAUAUAUACUACAUCUUGUACUCCAUACAUCCAGUAUGUUUUUUUGUCUUGAUGUUAUUCAGACUUUAUUUUGUCUGGCAUGUAAUAGCUGUAUCUCAUAAACUUGAACGUUCUGCACUCCAGACAUCAAUAACCAAAUAGAUCAGAACAAAAUGCCAAUGAUUUUUUUUUUUUUU